CCUGGUGAGUGAGAAAACCAUAUCGUAAGAGAGAAUUUAUUCACUCAAGCCUCAGACAGUUUUCUUCUCUUGAUUAUGUCGGCGGCCAUGGCGGAGGAGCAGCGGUGGUGCAUGGUGACAGGCGGUAGAGGAUUUGUGGCGAGGCAUCUGGUGGAGAUGCUCUUACGCCUCGAGAAGUUCCACAUCCAGAUCGUCGAUUUGGCUCCGGAGAUUAAGCUCCAGCCUCGGGAGGAGGCAGGAGUUGUCGGUGAAGCCAUGAGAUCCGGUCGGAUUCAGUAUGUCUCGGCCGAUCUCCGCGACAGAACUCAAGUGUUCCAAGCUUGUGAGGGAGCAGAAGUUGUGUUUCACAUGGCAGCUCCGGAUCCAUUGAUCAACAGCUACCAGCUUCACUACUCUGUUAACGUUCAAGGGACAAAGAACGUAAUCGACGCUUGCAUUGAGCUGGGGGUCAAGAGGCUUAUCUAUACGAGCACUUCGGGCGUUGUGUUCGAUGGAGUCCAUUCGGUUUUGAAUGCCAACGAAUCGAUGCCUUAUCCAUCCAAGCACAGUGAUUCAUACACGGAGACAAAAUCCGAAGCAGAGGCAUUGGUCUUGAGCUCGAACGGGUGUAAUGGACUGCUCACGUGCUGCUUACGUCCUAGCGCAAUUUUCGGUCCCGGUGAUGGAGGGAUUUCAUCUCUCGUUUCUGCCGCCAAAGGUGGAACAUUCAAGUUCAUUAUAGGCGACGGGAACAAUCUUUUCGACUGGACUUACACUGAAAACAUCGCACAUGCCCAUAUCUGUGCUGAACGAGCUCUUGCAUCAGGAGGAGACAUUUCCGAGAAAGCUUCAGGCCAGGCAUAUUUCAUUACCAAUAUGGAACCGACUAAAUUUUGGGAUUUUGUUUCGGAGAUUAUCGAAGGGCUUGGCUAUGAGAGGCCGAGUAUAAAGAUCCCUGUUUUUGUUGUCAUGCCUAUUGCCUAUCUGGUGGAACUGAUAUACAAAUUGUUUGGUCCGAACGCGCUGAAAUUACCGCAUCUAACGCCCUGGAGAGUUCGGUUCAUCUCUCUAAGCACAACGUUCGAUUGCUCGAAAGCAAAGGAGAGGCUUGGUUAUACGCCUAUCGUGCCACUUCAGGAAGGUAUUCGGAGGACGGUAGACUUCUUUUUACACUUGAAAUCUGAAAACCAACCCGAUCGAGAGGAUCCUUUUUCAACGAACUCACAAUGGAGCUUGUUUCUCAAGGCGGCAUUCGUUUUGAUCGUUUCGGGUUUUUUUGGAGCUCUAUCAGUUCGGAGUUUACUCGCUAUAGGAAUUCCCGUUGCCUUCGUCGUGUCCCUCAUGUAUGCGAAGAAGGGGCGCGAGUUUGCAUCCGCGUUUUCGCGUCUUUGCGGAGAGAAAUCCGACUGAGGAAAACGCAUAAAGACAGCUUCUCCUGUGAGUAGUGUGGAUUGAAGUUUUAAUGUACGUGGUAUUUGUUUGAUGUCCGGAGACAGGUUUUGACUCAGAAUUGAGACAAGGCGACAAAAAGAGCAAAAGAGUAUCGAUGGUUUCUUAGAUUCAUUCUCUUCAUUACACUUUCACUUCUAUCCAAACUUGGUCACAUGAGUUUUACCUCAAAAACAUAUUUAAAUAGUUCCUCGUUUCA